AGACACCUUUCUUAAUUUGCCGUUAGAAUUAAUGGAAAAGGAUUGGAACUGCGUAAAACCCAACAUUAAACAAUUGAAAGUUGCCCAGGCUGCUUAUCUUAAUAUCAUUUAAAAAGAAAAGUCAUUAAUAUCCUUGAAAAGAAAAGUCAAAGGGCAUCCUGGAGCUAAACAAGUCUCUCUGCAGCUCAGUUCAUGGUUUGGUGUCAAAGCACCAUUUAACAAUCAGGAAUAUUAUCUCUAUAAAUUCGAAUCUUUCGGAAUGAUAUGUACAUGAUGGAUGAUUAUUCAUCCAAGAGGCCCUUAGAUGACAAUGAAGGAUCUUCAAGCAUAUGAGAAACAACGUAUAGAAACAAGGAUUAUCGAAAGGUGGCCACAGUUCUUAGGAGGAAGGUUGUUUUCAUGACAUGGCGCCUUGUUCUCCACGGCCUGUAAUAACUGUCAAUGUAAAGAGGAAACCAUGGGAGCAAGUAAAGCCUCUUCACAACCGAUGGCAUCCUGAUAUCCCACCAGUUGCAGAAGUGACAGAAGGAGAGCUUUUCAGGGUGGAGAUGGUGGAUUGGACUGGUGGAGCAAUUGGGGAUAAUAGUUUUGCAGAAGACGUCAAGUGCCUUGAUCUUUCCACAGUACACUAUCUAAGUGGUCCAAUCAAAAUUAGAGAUGCGUCCAACAUUCCUGCAAAGCCUGGAGAUAUUCUUGUUGUUGAAAUCUGCAACUUGGGUCCUCUUCCUGGAGAUGAAUGGGGGUAUACAGGGACCUUUGACAGAGAAAAUGGUGGUGGUUUCUUAACCGAUCACUUUCCAUGUGCAACUAAAGCUAUUUGGUACUUUGAUGGAAUAUAUGCAAGCUCUCCACAUAUUCCAGGUGUUCGGUUCCCAGGUUUAACUCAUCCUGGCCUCAUUGGGACAGCACCAUCGAAGGAACUACUUGACAUAUGGAAUGCCAGGGAGGAAACCCUGGAAAAGUCUGAUACACAAUCAAUCAAGUUAUGCGAUGUUCUUCACACACGGCCUCUUGCAAAUUUACCAAAGGCAGAUGGCGCCCUCCUUGGAUUGGUAAAAUCAGGCACAUCAGAAUGGGAAAGAAUUGCAGCUGAGGCUGCAAGAACUAUUCCAGGUAGAGAAAAUGGUGGGAAUUGUGACAUAAAAAAUCUCAGCAGGGGAUCAAAGAUAUACUUUCCUGUAUUUGUAGAUGGUGCAAAUCUUAGUAUGGGUGACAUGCAUUUCUCCCAGGGUGAUGGCGAAGUCUCUUUUUGUGGGGCUAUUGAGAUGAGUGGAUUUCUUGAGCUUAAAUGCGAGAUUAUACGAGGUGGGAUGGAUAAAUACCUUACUCCAAUGGGACCGACAAAGUUGCAUGUAAAUCCUAUUUUUGAAAUUGGUCCUCUCGAACCUCGAUUCUCUGAAUGGUUGGUAUUUGAAGGUAUCAGUGUGGAUGAAAAAGGACGGCAACAUUUCCUUGAUGCAAGUGUAGCUUUUAAACGGGCUAUCCUAAAUGCCAUUGAAUAUCUCUCUAAAUUUGGAUAUUCAAGGGAACAGGUUUACUUGCUCUUAUCAUGUUGUCCAUGUGAGGGGAGAUUGGCAAGCAUUGUGGAUACCCCUAAUGCUGUUGCAACAAUUGCUAUCCCAACUGCUAUUUUUGAUCAGGAUAUUCGACCACGAAAGCAGGAGGUGCCAACAGGGCCACGGCUAAUCAGGAAACCAGAUGUCCUGAAAUGUACCUAUGAUGGAACACUCCCUGUCACAAAAUCUCAGGCUUCUGUCUGAGCACUUAAAUAUGUAUUUAUAAGAAAUCAAGGAAAAUAAAAAUGUAUUGGUCAGAAUAAUUAUCUUGACAAUUUCUCAUUGGGUAGACGAAGCAUUGAAUUUACUAAAAACUGCAGAUUCUAUCAUUGGAUUUUAAUGUAUUAUGUAGUCCACAUUUGUAAAAUGCGAUUACUAUGACGAUCUAUCUAGAAACGUGUCUGUAACGUGCACUCUUUUUUUAAUAAAUUAUGAUAUAUAAUAUUUCUCAA